GUCUCUUCCUCUUUUGUAUUAUAAAAAAAAGAGAAGAAAAAAUACAAUUCCAAAUGUGAUACAUAUAUUGGAUUUAUAUAACGAAAACUAAUAUAUAAGAAGAAUAAAUAAUGUUAUAUUUUAUUGCACAUUACUUGAAUACUGUAUAAAAAUUGUAAUAUUCAAUCAACAUAACGUCAAAAUUUUAAUACAUUUCUCCCAUGUAUUAAAAAAAAAAAAAUAUAUAUAUAUAUAUAAUAAAUAUUAAAGUAAACAACGUUUGCAGAAAAUAGUGUAAAAUAUAUGCAGUAAUAAUAAUAUUUAACUAUGACCGAAGACGUAAAUAAAUUGGGUGAUUAUUUCGAACGUUCGCUUAAAAACACUACAAAAUCAAAUGUUUUAGAAUGUCGUGUUUGUGAAGAAGUUUUUACUGUAGAUGGUAUAAAGGUACCACGAUUGUUACAUUGUGGUCAUACUGUAUGUCAUUCUUGUCUAUUACGAUUAAGGCCUUGCAUGUUAAAUCAGCAAUUUCUUCUCUGUCCAUUCGAUAGACAACCAACUGAAAUAAAUAAGACUGGUAUUUUUAGUCUAAAGAAAAAUUUUGCAUUGAUUGAACUUCUUGAAAAAUUGGAACAGUCUAACAAUGAUAAAGCUUUUAUAUUGGAAAGAGAAAGGCUUCAAUCUAAUCAAUCAUGUGAUGAAGAUGAAAGUCAUAUGGCUGUACUUUAUUGUACAGUAUGUACUACUCAUUUAUGCGAAGUUUGUGAUACCACUACUCAUUCAUCAAGGACACUUGGUAAACACAGACGUGUACCUUUAUCAGAAAAACCACGUGAGAAACCUAAGUGUCCGGUACAUACAACACAUGUAGCUAAAUUUACCUGUACUCAACAAGGUUGUUACAAUUCUUUGAUGUGUUAUUUGUGCAAAGAUUAUGGCAGACAUAGUACACAUAAGCCAGCAUUGGUGGAAGUGGAAGCUGAAAAUAUCAGAAAAUCAGUAAUAGCAGCUUUACAGAAGAUGACUCAGUUUAUGGAAAGUAUGAGAGAUACAGCACAAAAAAUAGAAACUGUCAUACAAGAAUUAGAAGGUUGGGCAAUCGAAGAUGCAAGACAAAGGGUACGUCAACAUUUUGAAGAGCUAAGAGCACUAUUAGCAGAGCAAGAGAAGGCAGCAUUAACUUGUAUAGAUACAGAGACUCGUAGUAGAUUAUGUGCUUUGAGACAACAACAAAAAGAUUUGACAAUAACAAGAUCACAAGUAGCAGGUGUUUGUAUUCAGUGUGAAAGUAUUUUAGAUUCUGAAGAUUGGAAAUUAUUGAGUAGUGCAGAAAAAGUUAAAGAAGUCUUGGCCACAUUAGAAAAGCAACAGCAACAUUAUGCUCAGUUAGGACCUGAUUUUCUUAAACCUGAAUCUUCCAUACCUAUUAUAUUUAGCAGGGACAAUCGAGUACAUAUAGGUACGAAAAUUGAUAUGAGGGCAGUAAUCUUAGGUUUGGAUGGUGCAGGAAAAACUAGUAUACUUUCUGCAAUGAGAGGCAUUACUCUUUCAGGACCUCCAAUUUCAACUAUUGGAUUUAAUGUAGAGAGUCUGGAAUAUGAAAACCUUGUAUUUACACUUUGGGAUGUAGGUGGGCAAAAUAAAUUCAGACCAUUAUGGAAACAUUAUUAUCACAAAACACAAGCUGUUAUUUUUGUGGUCGAUGCUAGCGAUCGAUCUCGUUUUGAAGAAGCUCAAAACGAAUUAUCUAAAAUUGUAAAUGAAAAAGAACUGAAAGAUGCUUUGUUUCUGAUAUAUGCUAACAAACAGGAUUUACCAGAAUGUGCAAGCGUAGAAGAACUGACAGAUAUUUUAUGCUUACAAAAACUUUGUUGUGGAAGAGCUUGGCAUAUUCAGGGAUCAUCUGUAAUUACAAAUAUUGGUGGAGCUACACAAGGUCUCGAUUGGUUAACACAACAACUUGGAGCACAUGAGACAUUAUAUACAAUACCUAUAACAUCAUGAUCGCUAUUUACCGUAAUUUAAUGGAAUGCUAUAAUUCUGAAAUUAUAAGGUAUUUUACACAUAAUUAUUAUCUAAAAAAAUAUUGUUCCGUUUAAACUCUAGUAACGAUAUUUGUAAUCUUAAAUAAUAGUUGAUAAAUAAUAAAAGGAAGACGUAAUAAUA